AUGCCUUACAAUCUCAAGGGCAGGAAGGUACUGAUUACAGGAGCAUCGAGGGGCCUAGGCGCUCUUGUAGCGGAGAAGUUCGCCGCUGAAAGUUGCAAGCUGGCCAUAAAUUACAAUGCAAGUCAAGAAAAAGCGGAUCAGGUGGCCGAGAAGAUAGAGAGAGAGUAUAAGACCAAGCCCAUCCUGAUCCAAGGAGAUGUGGGAAAGCUUGCGGAUUGUGAGAGAAUUGUGCAAGAAGCCAUCGCUGGAUUGGGUGGUCUGGACGUCAUUAUCUCAAAUGCAGGCUGGACGAAAUUCACUAGAUUCGGGGACCUUGAUGCCCUCAGUGAAGCCGAAUGGGAUAAGUGCUGGGCCGUCAACUGCAAAGCAAACCUGCAUAUCUUUCGGGAAGCUUUGCCAACGUUGAACGCCAAUGCAGAGGGUGGAGUUUUUUUGCUGACUUCGUCGGUUGCGGGCAUCGCGGCCUCCGGCAGCAGCAUGGCAUACUCCGUCACCAAAGCUGCAGGACUCCAACUAGUGAAGUGUUUAGCCUCGACUCAAGGCCCGAAGGUCAGAGUUAAUGCUGUUCUUCCCGGACUGCUCUUGACAGAAUGGGGCGCCAACUUCACACCGGAAACGCUUCAGGAGCUGAAAGAGAAAGCCUACCUAAAGAAAGAGACUGGCCUUGAAGACUGUGCAGACGCAUUCGUUGCUGCAGCGAGAAACAGCUCCAUGACAGGCCAGAACAUUCAGAUCGACUCUGGUCUCAUGAUGCUAGGAAGAACGGGCUAG